UGAUCCUUUUGACUUGAGUGUUGUCAACGAUGUUCUUUUUAUUUAUAUAAUUGCCUACAAUAUAAUUCUCCCUCAAUCAUGAAGUCUUUAGCUUUACGACCGUUUCUUCCAAGGCCAUCGAUAACAAGAAGACUAUGUAUAUCUCGAAAUUAUGCAGUUCAAUCCCCGGGAUCACCUACUUUGCAGGUCUUCGAUAGACAUACUAAAUAUUUACAAAAAGAACGUGCAGCUUUAGACAAGGAGAAAAGUAGACAGGUGGAUUAUCUGAAGGAUGAAGUAGCCAUGCGACUUUCAGAAAGGUUAUUGGAUAUCAAUAGGCAUUUUGAUCAUGUCCUAGAUCUUGGCGCAAAUUCAUGUAACAUAGCAAGGGCUCUCACUUUACCAGAUCCAGACAUUGACCUUUCGAAAACUACGUCUCCUCCACUUUCCUCCCGUAUCGCCCGUCUUACAGCUGCAGAUUCAUCUCGGAAUAUGUUAUACCGCGACGAAGAUUUGCCAUUUAAUAAGGAAAUAAACCUCACACGCGAAGUGCUCGACGAUGAGGAAAGAUUACCUUAUGAAUCUGGAACAUUCGAUGCAGUGCUGAGCUCUUUGAGCAUGCAUUGGAUCAACGACCUUCCAUCACUCCUUGCGCAAAUCAAUCACGUAUUGAAGCCUGAUGCACCAUUUAUGGCAGCAAUGUUUGGUGGCGAUACAUUAUUCGAAUUACGAACGUCAUUGCAGCUCGCAGAUAUGGAACGAAGAGGUGGAGUUUCUCCGCACGUUUCUCCGCUGGCGGAUGUAAGAGACAUUGGGGGUUUGUUGCAGAAAGCGGGGUUCAAGAUGUUAACGGUAGAUAUCGACGACAUCAUUAUUGAUUUUCCUGACACGUUUGCCCUGAUGCAAGAUUUACAACAGAUGGGCGAAAGCAAUGCCAUAUUAGGAAGGGAGGCAGGUGCAAUCAAGAAGGAUGUACUUCUUGCAAACGAGGGAAUAUAUCGAGAGUUACAUGGAAACGAAGAUGGUACAAUACCCGCAACAUUUAGGAUGAUAUACAUGAUCGGCUGGAAGGAAGGACCUAACCAGGCACAACCAUUACCCCGAGGUAGUGGGGAAAUCAAUAUAAAAGAUAUUCUUGGUGGCGGAGAGGUCAAAUGAAUAGUCACAAAUAAGAAUAAACUAUAAUAGUUGCGCUGUAAAGUGCUUUAGAAAGUGCAAUAUACAAAUCUAUAUUUGCAUUUUCAUUCUUCGUCGGGGAAUCU